GGGCUGGACUCUACUCAAAUUCGGCGCCUCCGCCUCCGCUCGAAGGGAGGUUCACUUUACAGGGAAUCUUCCUGAGUAAUCUCCUCUCCUCUCCUCCCGCCGCUGGUUAACUCCUUCCCAGCCGAGAGUGUCCGGGCAAACUCUUUGACACUCUUGAGAGACUGGGGGCAUGGCAACGAUCAUGGGGGUCAGCCGCCUGCUGCAGGCUCCCUUCAAACGCUACCUCCCUCCCUGCGCCUCUGUCAGCGAAAGGAAGGCAGCGAAGACGAGGGUUUCUGCCCGCGGCUUGGACUCUGGGACCCGACCCUUCCACGCCACCUCUUCAGCCGCCAACAUCAGCUCCUUCCUGCCGGAGGCCAGCUCCUUCCCCGGGGUAAAGUCGUACGCUGAUCUGUUGGACUUCUCCAACAGCAAUCCCGAGAAGUUCUGGGGGACUCUGGCCAAGGAGAGGCUGGUGUGGGACCAGCUCUUCCACUGCGUCCACGACUGUGACUUCAGCAGAGGCUCAAUCGCCUGGUUCCUGGGAGGGCGACUCAACGUGUCAGUGAAUUGUUUAGAUCGCCAUGCCAAGCAUUCCCCCAACAAGGUGGCUUUGAUCUGGGAGAGGGAUGAGCCAGGCACUGAAUUAAGGAUUACAUACAGGGAACUUUUGGAGAUGACAUGCAAGCUGGCCAACACUUUAAAGCGUCAUGGGGUGCAGAAAGGGGACAGAGUUGCCAUCUAUCUGCCAGUAUCUCCCAUAGGCAUAGCUGCAAUGUUGGCUUGUGCGAGGAUUGGUGCUGUGCACACUGUGGUCUUUGCAGGGUUCAGUAGUCAAGCACUGAGUGGAAGGAUCCGUGAUGCCCAAUGCAAAGUCGUCAUCACCUGCAAUCAAGGAGUCCGUGGUGGUUGUGUUAUUGAGCUGAAGAAGAUGGUGGACGAGGCAGUAAAGACAUGUCCCACCGUAAAGCAUGUCUUUGUAACACAGAGAACGGACAAUAAGGUUGCUAUGAGUAACAUCGACAUACCACUUGAAGAAGAGAUGGAGAAAGAGGAACCAGUGUGUGAUCCUGAGUCCAUGGACAGUGAGGACUUUCUCUUCUUGUUGUAUACCUCUGGAAGUACAGGAAAACCCAAGGGCCUAGUCCAUACACAGGCUGGUUAUCUGCUGUAUACAUCUCUCACCCACAAGUGCGUCUUUGAUUAUCAAGAAGGUGAUAUUCACGGCUGUAUGGCAGAUAUUGGCUGGAUUACAGGGCACAGUUAUGUGGUCUAUGGCCCACUCUGCAAUGGUGCCACUACUGUGCUGUUUGAGAGCACACCUACCUACCCAAACCCAGGAAGAUACUGGGAAACUGUGCAGCGAUUACGUAUCAAUCAGUUUUAUGGGGCUCCAACAGCCAUUCGCCUGCUGCUGAAAUAUGGAGAUAGCUGGGUGUCCAAGUAUGAUCGAUCAUCUUUGAAAACACUAGGCACAGUAGGGGAACCUAUUAACCAUGAGGCCUGGCAUUGGUUCUGGAAGGUUGUUGGAGAAGGCCGUUGUACCCUUGUAGAUACUUGGUGGCAGACAGAAACAGGUGGAGUAUGUAUCUCUCCACGGCCUUCAGAGGAAGGAGCAGAGAUUUUGCCUUCUAUGGCUAUGAGACCAUUGUUUGGGAUCCAACUUGCUCUAAUGGAUGAGAAGGGUAAUCGUCUGGAGGGAAAGGAUGUUACUGGUGCCCUCUGUAUCACAAAACCUUGGCCUAGCAUUGCCAGAACUAUCUAUGGGGAUCAUCCAAGAUUCUUGAAUUCAUAUUUCAAAAAAUAUCCAGGCUGUUACUUCACUGGCGAUGGUGCAUACAGGUCAGAGGAAGGCUAUUACCAGAUCACUGGCCGAAUGGAUGACAUAAUUAACAUCAGCGGGCACAGGCUGGGUACAGCUGAGAUAGAGGAUGCUCUGGCUGAACACCCUGAUGUGCCAGAAUCUGCAGUGAUUGGCUUUCCUCAUGAUCUGAAAGGGGAAGCUGCAUUUGCCUUUGUUGUUUUGAAAGAUACUUGCAUCAUUUCUGAACUGGUCAUCAUUAAAGAUCUCAAAUCAACUGUUGCAUCUAAAAUAGCAAAAUAUGCUGUUCCUGAUCAUAUCCUGGUUGUGAAGCGACUUCCCAAAACCCGAUCCGGGAAGAUCCUGAGGCGAGUGUUGAAGAAAAUAGCCACCAAUGAAACUUCUAAUCUGGGUGACCUCAGCACAUUAGACGACCCUCAAGUCAUCGCAGAGAUUAUUGCAGCCUACAAAAAAUAUAAAGACCAAUAACCAAUAUUAGGACCUCUUAAAUCAUAAAGCAGGCCAUAAUUUGACACACACAGCACCAAUUGGUUGCAUACUGUUGCCGUUUAUUGUUCCUGUAUUGCAUUUACAAACUAAUAACGCUAACUUUGAUUAAUAGUAUUUUUGAAUUUGUUCUAAAUGCAGAACUGACUCCUUCCCAUCCCUAAUUUUUCCCCUUGGCCCUUCUCCAGGAGACACACAAUUGCAACUGUAUUAUAGUGUCUUUUAUUAUAUUUUUAUUAUUAUUGUCAGGUCCCUGAUUCCGGUUAUCAGUGUUCAGACCAUUUCCAUCAGCCAAGUCUAUUCCUUGCUCUGAACUGGCCGUCUGCAUUCGCACAUUCCAGCAGAUAUUAUUCACUGGAUAAUGAUUAGGAAGCCUUGCUGGUUUCUCUUUUUUUAAUUCUCAUUAUAACACAAGAUAUUAAGUCUACUUAUGAGACCUGUGCCAUUUCCCUCCCAGGGGAUGGAUAAGGGAUCAGACUUGGGAUUUUCCUGGCCCUGUCUAUUUCCAUGCCAGAUAUUGCAUUUAGUAUCUAAGCUGUUGAAAAGCACUUGAAUUCUGUUUAAUUCAAAGAAACCCUGUGAAUAAAUUUCUGAUUACUUUUUAAAAAACAAACUUGCAUAAGAAUUUGUUCUACAAAGAACAACAGCAAUGAUUUUCUGCCCUUGUUCUCUCUCAGGUCAGCAGUUUUCUGCUUAUUAUGGGCUGGCAAGUGCAGAAGUGGUCAGUCCUAACUAAUGCUCAAGAUUAUUGUAUUUCAGCAGGUUUCGUUUAAACCGGUGUCUUGAUCAUACUGGACAUCCUGAACUCUAUUGCCUGUGUCUUAAUUUGCAGCAAGUCCCAUUCCACUAUCACCCCUCUGCUCGUUGACCUAAAUUGGCUGCUUGUUAAGCAAUGUCUUGAUUUUAAAAUUCUCAUCUUUGUUUUCAAAUCCCGCCAUAAUCUUGCCCCUCUCUAUCUCGGUAAUCUCCUGCAGCCUCACAACCCUCUGAGAUAUCUGUGCUCCUCUAAUUCUCACCUCUUGUACAUUCCCAAUUAUAAUUGUCUCACCAUUGGUGAUUGAACCUUCAGUUGACUGGCCCUAAGCUCUGAAAUACCCUUCCUACAUCUCGCCAUCUUUCUCUACCUUGCUUUCCUCUUUUAAGAUACUCCUUAAAACAUACUUCUUUGACUAACUUUUGCUCAUCUGUCUUAAUACCUGUUUCUGUGGUUUGGUGUCAUAAUUUGUUUUCUCACACUCCUCUGAAGCAUCUUGGAAUGUUUCAAUACCUUAAAGAUGCUAUUUAAAUGUAACUUGUUGUUAUUGCAUUACUGUGUAGAGGACUGACCUUGUUCUUUUUAGAGUUACCAACCAUCCUGGAUUGUUCUGGAGCAUCCGAGAAUUAAAGAUUAAUCUCCCAGGCA